CAUAGGUGCUCGCUAACAGCACUUGCCCCAACAGUCCGUGCAGGCUAUACGGGGGACCUCUGUCUUUGUGUGCUGUGCGCGUGUCGUCACGACUCACGCUGAAGAGAAGUUGCUCUCCAUCGAGAAUCUAAACCCGGGCACAGUUGGUGGCUGUUCGCGUCCAGCGUCAAGCGCGCACCCCCCCCACCCACCUCUCUUCCUCCCCCACCGCCCCCCUCCGCCCCUGGCUGCCCGGAUCCUGGAUCAGCCCAGCACUUGUCACUUGCCGAGGGAGUGAAGAGAGACGGAGAGACACACGGAGCGAGAGAGGGAGAGAGAGAGACUGCUGGGCUUAGGUCGGGAUAUGCGCUGCGUGCGCGCGAUUCUGUGCGCCCUCGUCUCGUCUCAUCAGCGAUGUGGACCAACGUCAAUCAAAACGUCCAGGGCAUAGGCGCUCAACAGCAGCAACAGCAGCAGCAGUGUCAACCGAGACCAGCUCUGCAGACCAAGAGACACGCGCUCACUGAUGACUAUCAGGUCACUGGACAAGUCUUGGGGCUCGGAGUGAACGGGAAGGUCCUGGAGUGCACAAGCAAGGGGACGGGGCACAAAUACGCGGUGAAGAUGGUGGGCGACUCGUCUAAAGCGCGCCGCGAGGUGGAGCUGCACGCCCGCGCCUCGGGCUGCCCGCACAUCGUGCGCCUGGUGGACGUCUACGAGAACACGAGUCAGGGCAAGGCGUGCCUGCUCAUCGUCAUGGAGUGCAUGGAGGGAGGAGAGUUGUUCAGCCGGAUCCAAGAUCGUGGCGACCAGGCGUUCACGGAGCGAGAGGCCUCGGAGACGAUGAGGGACAUCGGGCAGGCCAUCCUCUCGCUGCUCCAUGACAUCGCUCACCGCGACGUCAAGCCCGAGAACCUGCUGUACACAACGCGCCAGUCGGACGCCGUGCUGAAGCUCACCGACUUCGGCUUUGCCAAGGAGACUACCACCUUCGACUCGCUCAGCACGCCCUGCAACACCCCCUACUACGUGGCACCCGAGGUGCUGGGGCCUGAAAAGUACGACAAGUCGUGUGACAUGUGGUCCCUCGGGGUCAUCAUGUACAUCCUGCUCUGCGGAUUUCCUCCGUUCUACUCGAACCACGGACUCGCCAUCUCUCGCAUGAAGAAGCGAAUCCAUGGCCAGUACGAGUUCCCCAACCCCGAGUGGGCCGACGUCUCGGAGGAGGCCAAACAGCUGAUCCGCCAGCUGCUGAGGACCGAUCCCACGCAGCGAAUGACCAUCGCCGAGUUCAUGAACCACCCCUGGAUCAACCGCUGGAUGGAGGUGCCGCCCACCCCGCUGCACACGAGCCGCGUGCUGCAGGAGGAGCGGGAGAUGUGGGACGAGGUGAAGGACGAGAUGACGAGCGCGCUGGCGACGAUGCGCGUCGACUAUGAGCAGGUGCGCAUCAAGCAGCUCGACGAGUCCAGCAACCCGCUGCUCAACAAGCGGCGCCGGCGGCGGCGCCGGCGCCACCGCGGGACGGGCGGUGGUCCCCACGACGACGACGACGACGAGGAGGAGGAGGAGGAGGAAGAGGAGGAGGCGGGGGGCGGCCGUGGGGAGGAGGAGGUCAUCGCCGAGGAGGAGGCCACGCCGCAGGACAUGUCCGUGAGCCUCUCCGAGGAGAUGCUCGAUGCCAGCGAGGGCCCCAACAACAACGCGGACGCUGUCCCCGCGGCAUCCAGUGGUGGGGCGGCGUCUCUCCAGCCCUAACGACGGCCAUCCCCCCUCUCCCCCCCCCCUCCUCUCUCUAUCUCCCUCCGUCACCUCCGUCCCUCCCUCCCUCUCCUUCACUCGCUCGCCCUCUCCCUACCCGGCCCCUGCCGUUCUCUGUCGUCUCGCCGAGCCCGGGCGGUCGGCGUUUGGCGUCGCCCGCUGCGUUCCCAUCACCGGCAUCGCGCCAAGCACCGGUCGGGGUUAGACGCCGCCGAACGAGCACCCGAGGGGGCCCCACGGCCCGGCGAUCGGACCUCCUCGCUCGAGACUUUCCGGGUCGUUGGGUAGCCACGGUCACACAGCGAGAGGCGUACUGGAUGCGGCGUGCCGGGCGGGGGAAAUAUUCUCUGGGAUUGGGUCGCUGACCCGGACAGACCCCAGAUCCCGCCACCCCCGGCCUUGCUGGCGUGAAUCCCUGCCCAUGCCCCUUCGUACACAAGCAGCGUUGCAGACCACCCAGCUCCAUCCUCGGCGCAGAAUCCACGGCGACCGCGCGUGCAGCGGAGAGACUCGCGGCGACGACCGCCCGGCGACGAAUCGACGCGGCGUGAGCCGUCGCUGCCCGGGGCUGCGAUGAGACCACCAGCCUCCUAACCGAGGAAUCGAUCUCUGACACCGCCCCGACGGUGGACGCGAUGGUGGAACAACACGGGGGAACUCCUGACGAGGCGCGUGUGGCGGAACGUCGAACUUCGUGCCGAAGUUCGACGAGCGCGGCACGACUCGAAAACGGCGGGGAGGCCGCAUGGCACGACCGCGAGGAUCGACGUGGCGGUUUUGAGAUAGCGGGGGGAGGGUCACAAGCGUCGCUCACCGAAAGAAUCCCAACGAAGCUGCUCGUAAAGUCAUCAUCGUCAUCACUCAGCCAUGGUCACUCCACUGUUGGAUGAAGGCACCUCGAAUGAUCGCGUGUCCGGCCACCGGCAGCGCGGGCUCCUGGCUGCUGAGGUUUUUUGACCACCGGAAUGGCCGCGUCCUUUUGAGCGAACCGCCGUGGGCGCGUCCUCUACUACGAAGCCGUGGCUGGAAACAUCGCUGGACGUUCUGCCAAAUGUGGCUCCAACGAGGAUAAUCCCGACACCUUUCAUUGGCGUCGUAACAACAUCGAUGACGACGACGGUUUACAGAGCUUUUAUCCACCCACCGCCCGCAAUGAAGCUCUCUCAUACGGACCGAUUGUGGGGGUUGUCUGGACACAUUUUGACCGCGCGCCGGUGAGUGUGUGGGCUGUCGGUGGGGUCGCUGGGUGUCCCGCGUGGGACCGGUCCUCGAUGUAUCAAUCACCGCCGAUGUUGGCCUAGGGCCUAGGCCAAGGAUCGAGUUGAGGCCACCGAGUUGGGAUCACGGCUCGCCGAGUUCCAAUGGAGAGGCGAGCCCCGAGCCUCCCAGAGCGGUGGUGGUGAAGCGGCGAGUUGGAGCACUUCCACUUGCAGGCGCCACUGGGUUUGACCCCAGGCCGUGGCGAGUGAUGUCUGAAUCGGUUUCUGGACUCUCCCUCCCCCCCCCCCCCCACUCCGACUUCACCUUCCUCCACUGACCAGCGCGGUGAAGUAUGGUUAAAUAAUCCCAAUGACCAACACGUUAUGGGGAUUUACGAAGGCCUGUUAAUAAUAUCAAUAAUUAUUGUUAUCAUUGAUGGCCCGCUGCUGUUCUAACACUGGCCACUGAUUCUGCGACGGUUUGGCGCUGAUGUCACGAAGGUUCCCCCCCCCCCCCCCCCCGCGUGUGAAGGCGGCCGGCGCAGUCUGUAGGUUUCACUUCACGCCACCACUUUGUACGCGAUAUUUUUUUGUUUCAUUGUCACGGCGUUUUUAAGAAUGGCACGCGGCGGUCGGCGUUAGUUUAACACGCAGCAGGCUCUUCUCGACCAAUGUCAUCCACAAUACAGGUAAAAAAAAAUAAUGUUUUUGGGGUUAGAUGGCGUAAAUAUAAAUGUGUCGUCAAAGCCGCCACCACCCGACACGGCCAAUUUAGUGGCGGUGGUGUUUUUGCCGCCGUGCGAUUGCCCCUCGCUCGGGCUCGUAACGCGCGCAACGCUCUCUCACGUGUUGAACAAAAUGCACUACGGAGCUCAGUUCGCAAUGGUUGCACCCUCGGCAUGGUGAUCUCUAAUUUUCGCAUUUCAUCGGGACAUUUGACCCCAAGAUCGGGCCACCGUCGGCGCACAGCUGCCAGGUGACGUCACACGUGUAUUGGCAAGUAGACACGUGACGUCAUCGCGGCAUGUCCAUUGAUCAGAAUGUAAGACGCAAAAUUGUCCAGAACGUUUGAAACGCGUGCCCAUUACAUGCACUCGCACACUAAAACCUGAACUAUUAAACUAUUAAAACGACUAUACUUUAUUUUAUUUUAACAGGUAAGGCCCGCUGAGCUGUGUAGCACUUUGUCAGAAGCGACCUGGCCACAAAUGAUCGCCCAAUGAAGUGGCUUGUCACGCGGUACAUUUACAGCAGCCAAAUGCUCAACGCGUUCCUCAAUAGCACUGUGACCUUGAACAGAGGCAGUAUAUUCUUGGCGACGUUUCAGGCAGUGUCCCUUAUGCAUAGCACACGAGCCCCCUGCGCUUCUUCGUAGCUCACGUACUCUGAAGACGGUCCCACUGCCUGAAACGUCGCCUGUCACAUACGUUCCGUCGUAAAUGCCGCGGCGUUCUUGACGACCGUGCUGAGUGUUCGUGUUGUUGUUGUUGUUUGUGCUUGUGCGCCAAUGCAGCAGCGGUGGUAGCACAUCAUCAGAUAAUUUGAUUACGCACUCGGCACGUGGCGACGCACGGAUUCCGCGAUCUAAACGGAACGUUCUGCUCACGAGGCGCGCGAGAGGAGAUGGCCAGCAAAAACGUCGAUUCACGCGUGUGCGGUGGGGUAAGGCGCCUUGGGACAUUAUUGGAAGGCUCCUUACAUAUAAAUGUCAAUUGUUAUUGUUAAAGUGUGGGUACGCACUCAGACCUCUGCCGUGAUGGUCAAAUGCCCUGUCGAGUGGCUCUCUCUGAAGUUCGGCAUUCAUCAGCGACAGUGUUAUCAUUGAAACUUACCAUAUCUACAAGCAAAACUGCCGGCUUGUUUAAUUUAUGUUGCGUAUCCUCUUAGAGGACGUUCGGUCGUGGUGGAGGAGUUGGCCAAAACACCCUCUAGAGGGCCCCACAUCGGACGGACUGUUUAGAGAGCUGCCUCUUCGCGAAUGCCCCUUCCACCAGCAGGGUGGCGCGAGUCGGCAAUUGCAGGGCUGCGCCUCUGCCGGUAAAUGAUGAUGACGUAAGAAUAUGGGGGAAGACAUAAAAAAAGCCACCGACCUAUUCUUGAAUCCAAAUGUGGCCCAGAAUCGUGAAUUUGUUUUCGUUGACUUGAUAGAGGGCGGCGGUUGUGUGUGUGUGUGGGGGGGGGGGAACGUGGAUCAUUGCAUCUCUAAGAUGGACAAUCGUAUUAAUGAACAUUCGUAAACAAAAAGUUACAUCGUACAAAAUCAUGUUCGUCAAUGCUUGAGAAACAAAGUGCAACCCGGAAAUUUCCUCGCCCGCAAUUUUAUUUUUUUGCUGCGUGUGCACUCGUGUUCAUUUCUUUUUCCGUUCGGUCAAAAGUGGUUUUCCCUGCGGUUCAUCCUUCCCACUUAUGUAAAAAAAAAACACAUUUCUCGAAUGUUAUGACCGCGGUAACUCUGCUGCUCGUGCAACAGCCACCGGCGGCAAAGCUCAUUCGAGCUCGCGAGGCUACGCACGCGCGUGCCAUGCCGGCAUUCAUAGAGGUGCUCGCUUAGCAGCACUUGCUCCCAAAACAGUCUGCUAAAGGCUACACGGGAGAUGUUUGUCUCUCUUUCUGAACAAAGCAGAGGAGGUUCGCUGUCGGGGAGUCGGAGGCAGUCGCCCUCCAGCAGUAGCAGCGGAGGGCAGAGGAGCGACGCUCACAACAAGGAGCGGAGCGCCGGGCGGCUAAAACGCAGCAAGUUGGCACAGUGGGGAGCACAGGGUGGUGCAUCGGCCAGACGUCUCAAGUCAGUCAACCCAUUGCCACCUAUGAUCUGUUCCAUCAUCUCCUUGCCGGCAGCGAGCCUUCGACACUUUCACGCGUCCUCAAAGUGCACCUAGCAUGACACGAGGGCCGUGGCGACGUCACCGCCACUUCGUGGUGAACGGGGGUUGUUGUUGUUGUUGUUGUCGUGGUGCGAACGCGCGCGCACGCAUAUGCGUUCAGAUGAUUUUAUUAUCACUGUCAUCCUCUUUGUUAACUCGGACACUAAAUUGUAGCCAUUUUAAACUGAAUAACAACAACGAAAAUUUUUUGUGGUAUUAAAAUGCAAAGAAAACCCGGAA